GUCAGUCAGAAAGUUGAUUUUCCAGUUUGAUGAGUUGAGAUACCAAAUUGGGCUGGCAUUUACUGUAACUGCAGUCAAGCUCAUUCCAUCUCUAUGCCAGUAAAACAACACUGAAUGCACAAUGCAGUAUGAUCGUGUGAUACGCCUGGCCUUGUUGCUGCCCAUUUUGUUUGAAACAGUUCAUGGACAUUAUGGAUACAUCCUAGUUCUCUGCCGUGUACUUGGUUCUCUACAAAAUGUUGAGCUUAUCUACUCAAUCAAUUAUGGCAAAAAAGAACUGCUGAGAUUCAACAGUACUGAGAAUAAAGUCACUGCUUACACUGAAUAUGCAAUAAAAUGGGCAGAUGAUUUUAAUAAAAAACCUGAGUGGCUACACAUGGAGGCUGAAAAAGCUAUUGCCGACUGCAAGCACUUUGGGCAGCUAUACCUCCCUGAGGUAGAAAAAACAGUAAAACCAGAAGUCACAGUCCGAUCAGUAAGACAAGCCAGUGGUAAACAUCCAGCCAUGUUGAUCUGCAGUGCCUAUGACUUCUUUCCCAAACCCAUCAAACUGACGUGGAUGAGAGAUGAUAAAGAGGUGACAACUGAUGUGACGUCCACUGAGGAGCUGGCUGAUGGAGACUGGUACUACCAGAUCCACUCCCACCUGGAAUACUUCCCUAAACCUGGAGAGAAAGUCUCCUGUGUGGUGGAGCAUGCCAGCUCCCAUAAACCCAUGAUCUAUGACUUAGAUUUAUCGCUGUCAAAGUCUGACAGGAAUAAGCUCAUAACUGGAGCUGCAGGGGUGGUGUUGGGGGUGAUUAUGGCUGUUGGAGGACUGAUCUACUAUAAAAGAAAACACACAGCACUCAUCAUAUCAGCUGGAAGUCAAUGCUCUGAACCUCUGCAGACAAUCAGAAAUGCUGAAGAGCAGUAGAUGAACAUUGUGUAAUUAACUGUGUAUCAGCAUAUGAAAGACGGAAACCCUCCAUAAGAUCUUCAGAGACAAAAGGAUUACCAAAAAGAACCAGUUCAACUGCAAGUUUUAUUGAUCGAAUUUAGUUUAUUAACUAUAAAGUAACUAGCUGAUUAAUUUCAGUUUAUUAACUGCAAGUGAUUGAUCAAAGAGGGAGAAUUUUUCCUCUGUGGAUUGUUCUAAUUGCACUCAUUCCUUUUUGUAAAGGUAAAUGAAAAUUAAUCUACAUCUAUUUAUUAAUCUGGAGUGCAUGCUCUGUCAUAGACAUCUCAGUGAAAAUAAAUCGACAGAUAGGCUAAUUUACGGAUUAUCUCAACUGGCAACUAUUGUGGAGAAAAAGCACAGCAGCUCUAUUUUAAAUAUUUGUUUCAAUGUGGACCACCAAUGACAGCUGAGAAAAAAAGAGAAUGCAGUUAUAGUAUUCAAGGUUAUAUGCAAAUGUAGUUAUUUUAGAUGUUCAAACAGACAAAGUCUGAUAUUCAGGUCUUUUAACAAUCUAAAUUUACAUUAUAAAUAUUUGUAAUACAAUGUUUUAUCAAUGAUAUGAGGACAAUGUUACAUUUUUUAUUUGACAUACUGUAAAUUACAAUACAUUAUAAAAUUGUAUAUAUGACAGUGAGUUGAUAUUAAGAUCGAUAGAUUAACAGUCCGUCAGUACAACAGAAUAAAUUUCAGAUCUCUGUCAUACAUAAAGAAGUCCAGUUGCAUAUCCCCCAUAGACUAUAUCUUAUCUUAUAUAAAUCUUAUAUAGUUAUUAAGAAAAUAAUUUUUUUUUGAAAUAUGAAAUCACAAUAUAUGUGAAAUCACAAAAUAGGCUAAUGAUGUUUUGCCUGUGAUGAAAGAGCUGACAGAUUAGACCAUUAAAAAUCAAUUCAGUUAUUACUACGGUUUAAUUUACAGAUUUGCCUAUGUUUCACAAGUUCACAGUUACAUGUAAUAAAUAGAGUAAAGGUUAUGCAUAUUUGGCAUGCUGUCCGAGGGGAGGGCUUCAAGCUCAGAAUCUGGCCCAAACCCAGAGUACCCCCCGGCUGAGAUAGGAAUAGUUAGAAGUGAGGAAAUGGGGUGGUGGAGGGAUGCUAGAAAACUGUCAAGGAACAGAGGUUAGUCUGUUGUGUAUAACUCUUAUCUUGUUGAUUGGGUUGAAUGAGUUCCUCUCGUGUUUAUUAGGGUAAUUAUCUGAACUUUGUUAAUAAAACAUAAUUUGUUGAUUCAUGGUGGAAAUUCUGAACUUAGUAACAAGACCACAGCUUCAUUUAUAAAACACAUAAAUAAAACUUUGUGUAAUU